AUGUACCUCCUAGCCGAAGCGAGUGAUGCUUCAGGAUCAGCGACUUCUUUUUCUCAAUAUUCAGCUAACCAACUGCUUCCCUCCAGAUUCAAAGGUGGAGGUGCGAUCAUAGUAAAUCUUGUAUUCUUUUGUAACGUCGAACUAUUGUUUAUCAACAAUGCCCAGAAAAUGUUAACUACGACAGCCAUUAUACGUAGAGUGCAACAAAAGAACUGCACAAGCGUGAUUUUGGAGAUUAUGUUGGGCAACAAUACCUAUUGGAAAUUAGAAGGUGCGGUUUUACGCAACAGAUAUCAGCUGGCGGAUGAUGAUGGUCCCUUUUUUUCAAUGAAUAUUCAGUCUCCCUAG